AUCGACAUGUCCCAUGAGGCUUUGCGAUCCCUGUGAGCUGAGCGUGGUGAAACUGCGUGAGAGAAAUACUGUAUAAACGCCUUUAAUUCUACCGAACUUUGUAGCCGUUGGGUAUUUAUUCACAGGUACAGAAUGAGUCAGUAUCUUCAAGUUGCCGAGGACGAAAGUGAGGAACCAAUAGAAUUACCAAGCGAGGAUGAUGGGACCUUGCAUCUCUCCACUUUAGUUGCACAGUUCCCCGGUGCCAGCGGAUUGAAGUACAGAAAUCCAGAGACCGGGGCAUUACGCGGAAUCCGGCUAGUGGAAGGGAGGUUGCAUCCGCCGGAUGGCAUAUGGGGCAACAUGGUCUAUUUUGCAGUUUUUCCAAAAGAGAACAAAAGAAAAGGAGAUGAAACCCUGGAAAAUCCCAACGUGAAAACAAAGCGGCUAGACAGCAAGAAAUGCAGUGACCUGAUAGUGCUGGGUUUGCCUUGGAAGAGCACAGAGGAUGACUUGAAGGCUUAUUUCUCACAGUUCGGUGAAGUCAUUAUGGCACAGGUACUCAUUGCUACUUAUUUAGAUCACCAAGAUGGGUUUCACAAAAAUAAGAAAAGAAAAAAACUUGCUAAAAAUUUGUCAAAGGCUGGGCAGGAGGGCUACUCACAGGUCAACAGGAAGAUCUUCGUAGGGCGCUGCUCGGAGGACAUGACAGCAGACGAGCUGCGGAACUACUUUGCGAAGUUUGGUGAGGUGAUUGACGUCUUCAUCCCCAAACCUUUCCGAGCGUUUGCGUUUGUGACAUUUGCUGAUGCAGACGUGGCACAGAGUUUGUGCGGAGAGGACCACAUCAUAAAGGGAGCGAGCGUGCACGUCAGUAACGCCGCGCCCAAGUCCCAAGAUAAAAGCGGCAUGGGGCAGAAGAAUCCAAUGGGGAUGGGGGGUGGAAACCAAGGGUACGGACAACAAGGAGGGUGGGGCAACCAAAACUCCCGGGGGAGUAGCCAGCAAGGUGGGUUUGGCUCCAGCGGGAGUAACAGCAUGGGGGGAAACAACAUGGGCAACAACCCACUUGGGAUGGGGUUCAAUUUGGGCGCCCUGGGCCUCAACCCGGCAGCCAUGAUGGCUGCUGCUCAGGCUGCCUUGGCUGGUCAAGCGGCCGGCUGGACGAACCUUCUGGGUAUGAAUCAAGGGGGGCAGGGCAGCCAGGGGACGGGAGAUGCCACCAUGAGCAGUCAGAGCCAGGUGGGGUAUGGCAUGGGGACGGGGAGCAGCAUGGGGAGCACUGCGGCUGCGACCAGUAAUCAAGGUUUUGGGAAUAUGGGCUGGGGAGGGACAGGGGCCACAGAGGGGGCAGGGGAUGGGAGUUCUGGAUGGGGGCAAUCUAAGGCUACAGGGGGGUGGAAUUAGGAGAGGGGGAUGGCCACCACAGGUAUAUAUCAUCCAUGUAAAUAAGUCUUAUAAACCACUCAUGGGGGGAGGGAGAAAUCUUUGGAUUCUAGGCAAUAUUUUUUACAAAUUUACCAGACUGAGUGUGGAAUUGGGGUUGAAGAAGAGUUUGGAAGCGUGUUUGGGGGAGGGUGAUAUGGACUUGCCCAUGCUGAUCUGUUUUAAUUUGCAACAACAUCUGGAUAAAGACAGUUUUAAUUGGUGUGAACUUUGCAGUGUAUGCGAGUAUUAAAACUGUGAGCAGAUUCCAUGUGAAAAAUUGGUGUGAACAGUGUUACAAACUCAGGUGUGAAUAGUGACACAAAUCAGACUAGUGUGAACAGUGCUUCAAACCGGGUGUGAACAGUGUUACAAACUCGGUGUGAAUAGUGACACAAGUCAGACUAGUGUGAACAGUUGCUUCAAACCAAGUGUGAACAGUGGCAGAUCUCUAGUGUGAACAGUGACACAAAUAAGAAUAGUGUGAAUAAUGACUCAAACCGGGUGUGAACAGUGACCCAAUCCAGUGGUGUGUACAGUGAUGGGAUUUGAAAGUGUGAACAAGGCACGAAGAAUCUGAACUGUUGCUGACUGAGGAUGGUGGUGAUGGUGGAGUCGAGAUCGUACACGUGAUCUGAAACUGAAAAAUGCAAACUGGGCAUUGGGUGUUCACUAUGUGGAAGCUAGUUUCAUUCAUGGAUGUAGUUGAUGCUUAUUAUUAUUUUCAACCCAGCCUAUAAGACCUGUUGAAUGAGGAAAAAUGUGAUUGAGGAAAUUCAGAUUCAAGUGACAUGUUUGUUAAAACGUGUUUGGUAAAAUGUAUAAUUAUUGUUGUGUGAACAAUAGAUUGUAUAUCCGAAGUUUUAUGACAGUAUUUGGUUGUAAGUUAUGAGUAUUCUGAUUGUUUAUUUUAUGCUUUGAGGAUGAGACUCGUAGUAACAUUGCAGACGACGAGAGGUGAGAAAGUGAUUGGUUGAUAAUCAACCUGUAUAAGGGCAUUUUAUAUUAUAAGUUGUGGUGAUAUAAUUGGUUGAUAAUUGACCAAUGAAAAAAGUUGUUGAUAUUUUGGGUGUGAACCUUGAAACGGAAUGAUUGUUCUAUAGUUUUUUGUGAAAGAAAACAGUUGUUAAAGUUUUUGAAGUUUAAUAGUUUUAAGUGUAUCUUCACCUGUCUAGAUAUACGCUGUAAAUUAGCUUUAAUUUCAUUCUCUACCUCCUGUUUUUGGCUGAAUCAAAAUAUAACUAUUCUACACCCACUCCAAUAUGCAAACUGCUUUACUAAUACAUAGAAAUGAGCAUAUUUACAACUUCAGGAAUGUUUCUGUAUAAAAUAUGUAUACAGUACAUAUUACUGUAAUACAGUAGCUGUGUAACUGAUUCGUGUGGAAGGCAGUAGGCCAAGAAAUAUUUGAUGGCAGAGGGUGGCACUAUGUUAGAUAUCUGAGUGGGUUGCAUUGCAGUUAUUUUUGAAAAUCGUUUGAGGUCAGUUUGCAUUUUGUGUGUGCAAAACAGUUGAAUUUACAUGGGUGCCUGUGGGAAUAAGUUGAACUCGGUUGAGAGAAAUAGAAUUUUUUUACCCAUAAAAGAGGCUUGGUGAACAAUAGGUUUGAUAUGAGUAAUUGUGCGAUUUACAAUUUUUUAUAUUUGAACAAGAAUCAAAGUAGUGUGUUGUGUAACUGUAUCAUUUUGAACUAGUACGUUGUCUGUACAUAAAAACUCCAGCUUUAAGAAUG